AUGCGGCUAGGUACCGUCUUAGUCGUGGGUGGUUCAGGCUUCCUCGGCUCACACAUCGUCAAGCGUCUUCUCUCCGCGAACCACGCCUCUCACAUCGCGGUCACAAGCCGCAAUCCCAAAACGCGCGAUGGCAAGGAUGAUCGCCUAUCCUAUCACGCCGUAGACAUCAGUUCGAUGUCAGAAAUAGAGGCUCUCUUCCAGGAAAUCAAGCCUCAGGUGGUCAUCCACACGGCGUCUCCUCUCCCUCGCUCAUGCCCAUCGGUACUGCACGCAACGAACGUCAUCGGCACACAAAACCUCCUCAAGGCAGCGAACGCAUGUCCGGAAACGAAGGCUUUUGUAUAUACAUCAUCCGACUCAACAUGCCAUCCCUCUCCAUUCAAACAGAUCACCGAAAACCAAUGCAUACUCCACACACCCGCAACCGCCACCAACGCCUAUGGAAAGACAAAAGCCAUCGCCGACGCCGCCGUUCUGGUCGCAAAUUCUCCGGAACUUAGGACAGCGACGCUGCGGCUGCCAGCCGUGUACGGCGAAGGCGAUCCGAAUUUCAUCCCGCAGAUCAUAGCGAGUAUCCGCAAUGGGGAGCACAAAAACCAAAUUGGACCAAACGAAAAGAUGUUUGAAUUCGUAUACAUUGAGUCCGCGGCGGAAGCACACAUCCUCGCUGCACGCGCCCUGCUCGCCAAGACGCCCAACGCCUCCGGCCAAGCAUACUUCAUCACUGAUGGUGAGCCGCAACCCUUCUUCGACUUUAUGCGGAAGUGCUAUGCCGCAGCUGGGUAUCCGGUCGCCAAAGAAGAAGUCAGAGUGAUUCCGUUCUGGGUCGUGAUGACGAUUGCGAGUGUGGGCGAGUGGGCGUAUUGGGUUUUUACGCUGGGCUUGAGAACGCCGAAGCUGAGGAGGGAGGAUAUUGAGCAUUUGAAUACGGGGUGCUGGUGGAGUGAGGAGAAGGCGAAAGAGUUGCUGGGGUACAGACCCGUGGUGGAGCAAGGAGAGGCGGUGCGGAAGAGUAUGGAGUGGGGAAUGGCGAAUUGCUAA